AUGCUGUUGCUUUACAAUCGCGAUUUCGGCGACAUAGCAGAAGACCAGGUAUCUAUGUCGAGGGAAGACCGAGCAGCCCUGACUGUCGUCACCGAAACGACACGACACAACGGAACCCAAUUUGAAGUGCUGUUACGCUGGCGAACGGGAUCCAAUCGACUGCCAGACAAUCGAGACACGGCACUCCAUAGGCUCAACUACCUGAAGGGUCGAUUAAAGAGGAACGAGCAGUUGAAGGAAGCCCACUUUAACGCCAUGAAAUGCAAACUUGAGUUGGGAUAUAUCGAACGCGCAAUGGGAGAAAUCGAGAAGGAGCAACCAUUGUGGUACCUUCCGCACCACCCUGUCAUAAACCACAAGAAACCUCAGAAGAUCGGGGUUGUCUUCGAUUUUGCUGCCGAGUGUGCCGGGAUUGCCCUAAAUGACCGUCUAUUACAAGGCCCAGACCUGACUACUCCGCUGAUUGCGGUGCUGUGCAGAUUCCGGCUGGGAUCAGUUGCAGUAGACGCUGGUAUCGAGGAGAUGUUCAUGCAGGUCAAAGUCCCCGAAGGGCAAAUGGAUGCGCUACGGUUGUGGUGGUGGCCGGAUUAA